AUGGACAUUAAAAAGUUCUUCACUGCCAUACCAUGCCAUGCCCAGACUCUUUUGCGAGUAGGGACGACACCGGAUUCAAAUGUCGAAGUUGUUGGUGAAGAUGUUAAAGAAAAAACAGAGAAAAGAGUCACUUCUCAGACACGGUUGCCCAUCUUACCGCCAGUGCCGUACCAGCCACGGGACGUCAACUGCAUGCCGGUGCAACGGCUCGCUAAACGAACGCUAUGUUUUCAGCGCGCGUGCAACCUGAAAUUCCGGUCUUCCAACAACGACGUUGUCGCACAGUUAAGUACGCACCAUCUUGAAGAACAAACGAAGGCGCGCAACGCUCUGCUGAAGAUUGUGACGACCGUCCAGUAUCUAGCGCAGCAGGGACUGGCAAUACGCGGCAAAGAGUCAAGCGACGGUAACUUCAUGAAGUUGUUAGAGCUGCGGAGCAACGAUGACGUCGUGUUACAGAGGUGGCUGACACGCACAACUUCAUACACAAGCGUUGCCGUGCAAAACGAACUGUUAAAAAUCAUGGCACACAUGGUGCUGCGAAAUAUUUGCAAGAACGUGGGCCUUUUUGCAGUCAUUGUCGACGGAACCCAAGACAUCCAAGGCGUUGAACAGGAGGCAAUAUGCGUGCGAUAUAUAGACGACGCUUACGACGUUCACGAGGACUUUAUCGGUGUGUACAGCGUAUCUGAGACGACUGGUGCCAGCCUCAGCAAUAUGCUGCAAGACGCGUUGCUCAGACUCAACCUCCCAAUCACGCAUCUGAGAGCGCAAACGUAUGACGGAGCCAGCAAUAUGUCGGGCAAAUACCAAGGCUGCCAAGCACUGAUCAAGAAAGUACAACCACUGGCAAACUACACGCAUUGCGGUGCACACAUCACGCACCUCAUCUGUGCGAAGGCCAUCGAGACAAUUGUACCCUGA